UAUAUUAUUAGUACAAAAAUACAUUUUAUCAUGUUUUAUCAAUGUUUCAAGUGUCAUUCUAAUCCUCGCAUUGUUAUUAUUAUUAUAUACCAGAUUUACAUGGGAUGGUUAUCAAUGAUAUAUGUGAAAAACUGCACACAAAUUGUUAACAAUAGGAAAACAUGUAAUCCGCUUUUAGCGCAGAUGCUAUUCAUUUAAAACUAUGCGCAAUGUCAAUUUCAGAUUUAUUUACCAUAUGGAACAUACAUAAAAGCACGCCUAGACAAAGCUCCAUAUUUCAAUUCAUUUGGAAGCAUGAUAGUUUCGGUGUCCGUAUAUCCUUCCGUGCACGAUCAGCAUGGCCGCAGUAGAGGGUUGUGUGGUUCACUUAAUAACAACCGUACAAAUGACUUUCACGACUACAACAGACAAAUCAACAUGAAUAGAUUUGAGUUUAUUCAAACUUGGAGAGUUUCAAAAGAGGAAAGUUUAUUCAAGACAAAUGCUAAAUCAACAGCCUCGUGGGCACAUCCUGCUUGCACAUGUAGUGUAUCCAGUGGUCAAGUAACAACCAAGGAUAAAUGUCACCUAGGAGCAGAUAACGAAUGUGCAAAGGGAAGAAAGGUCGGGGAACAGACAUGCAAACUCACUGAAAAGAUACCUAUCGAGAGUACUGAGAAGCAUACUGUUCCUGUUCUAGAUCUGAGCAAAGAUGGCAAUCACAAAGAUGACGCCUCGAAAGGACCCGGAUUGACUGAAACAACGCCAAAAACUAAGACAGAAUCACGUGUUUCACAGACAACAACAUCUAUCCCAAAAGAACACUGGAAUCACACUAAAGCUAGAACGUUUUGCACAAAAUACAUGAAUAGUUCAAGGGCAUUCCAACUCUGUGCACGGGUUCCCAACACAGGCACCGAGCGGGCUAUUGAAACAUGUACACAGGAUAUUGUUGUAAGUUAUUGAUAUUAUUUUGUUACAAAAUGUAGAAAUUGUUUGGUUUUCGGGUUAUAUUUUUUCGUGUUAAGUCAGAUAAACACAAUCUUAGAUCAUGUGGUGACGUACACAUUUAAUAUUAACGGAAAACCCAUAUUUUUCCUCCGGAAAUAGUUCAAGACAAAUGUGGAGACAUUGAUAGUACCACCGAUUUUCCUCAAGCCAAGCAGUGACUUCUUUAAAGGACGACCACAUAGCGCUACUGUCCACAAAGAUGUUGGGCAAGAGAUUCAAAACCAGGGUAAUUUUGAUAUGAAUAAAUUAAACGAAAAACAUGACACGAAUAAACAAAGUUCAGAUAGGCUAAACAGGAUUAUUGAAAACAAUGGUCUUCAUGAUAUAUGGCGAGUGAUUAACCCUAAAAGUAAAAGCUAUACUUGACAUUCUAAUACAAAAGCUCCUAUAUUUUGUAGGUUAGAUUAUUUUCUUGUUUCUCAAAACUUAAUUAAUGUUGUUUCAAAAUGUACUAUUUCGCCAAGUUAUAGGUCAGAUCAUU